AUGAGUCGAUACAUAGGACCGGGAAGUUUUACUGAUGCAUUGAAAAAAUUAGCAGAACAAAGAAGAGAGAAACGAAGAAACGAUGUUGUCAACUUUUCAGACAAUGUUUAUACGCCUCUUUUAUUACAUCCACACACAUUAACAACAAUUCGAAACGAUAAUCGUACUAUUGGAUUAUUGUCACGGUAUUUAGCUCAGUUAACAACAACUAUAAAUGAAAUAGACGAAGAAAAUGAUAAAUCGAAAGUGAAACAACCAAUCUGCUCUCCAACAGCUCAGAUUCAUCAAACAUCAAAUCAACUCAAAAUUAAUGAUAUUAAUAUUGACCAGAUCAAGACUAUUGAUGUGUCUCAAAUCAAAUCGGAAUCAAAAUUAUUUAGACCUUAUGACUGGGACAAUUUACCAUCAACAAAAUCUUAUUCCACGAAGAAACAUAAUAUUUCGUUGAAAAAAGUUAAACAUUCACAAUUUGAAUCUUUGUUAAAAUCAAAUAAAUUUCCAGUCAGUCACGAAAUAUGCAAUAUUCCAUCGUCCGAUAAUCAACAGUAUUGUAAAAAUAAUAAAGAAUGUCACUUACUCAAUUCAUUGGGAUUAGUUUUGGAUAAUAAUAAUAAUAAUAGCGCGAAUAAUGGGUGUACAUCAAAACAAUUCGUUUUAGUUCAACAUUUAACUAACACUAAACAAUCCGGUGAAUAUUUAACAGUUGAGACAGAUACGUCAAAUAUUCUUAGCGCACUCAAUUUAGCAAGCACACCAGUCUCGACAGAAGAUAGUCAAAACAAUUAUCAAUUUGAUAUUUCACAAAAUAAAUCACCUCUACGAUUCAAUGUAGAUAAAUCAGAUCGAAAGAGAAAACUAAACAACUCAAAAUCGAAAAUUUCGAGUAAUAAACAUUUCAGAUAUGAUACAAAAACAUACUAA